AGCGCGGUGCCUGCGCGUGAGCCCGGCGGAGCCUGCGGGGUCUCUUAAAGGGGCCGCGCGGUGGCAGCGUCAGCAGGCUGAGCCGAGCGGGACGCGGGGCACGCCCCCCCCCGUGCCCCCGCCAUGGCCGUGGGCACCCAGCUGGGGCUGCUGCUCUGGAAGAACUUCACCUACCGCCGGCGGCAGCGGAUCCAGCUGGCCAUCGAGCUCCUGUGGCCGCUCUUCCUCUUCUUCAUCUUGAUCUCGGUGCGGCAAUCCCACCCACCCUUCAAGCAGCAUGAGUGCCACUUCCCCAACAAGGCCCUGCCCUCGGCCGGGACCCUUCCCUGGCUCCAGGGCAUCAUCUGCAACCUGGACAACCCCUGCUUUCGGCACCCGACGGCGGGGGAGGCCCCCGGCGCGGUGGGCAACUUCAACGGCUCCAUCCUCUCCCGCCUGCUUGCUGAAGCCCAGCAGGUCUUACUCCACACCGAUGGGCAGCGGCUCCGGCGCAGCUUCGCUCAGCUCCUGCCUGCCCUGCGCCAGCUCCAGGGGAGCGGGACUCAGCGGAGGGCCCUGCCCGUGAGGGACUACCUGAGACCGGACGAGACCUUCUCGCGGUUCCUCCGGACCAACACGUCUCUGCCCCCGGCGCUGGUGGAUGAGCUGAUGGGGGCUCGGCUCAGCCCUCGCAUCCUCUCCUUGGCAGGCAGCCCCCUCCCGCUGAAGGCCGUGGUCUGCAACGCCUCGGAGCUGGGGGGCUUCCUGGCUGGGGGCGACCCUGACUCCACCGAGCGCCUGCGGCAGGGGCUCUGCGCCCUGCCCAGCCCCCAGCUCCACGCCAUGGAGGGCUCCUUCCUCUCCCAGCUCGACCUCCCCCGGCUCCUGGCGGACCAGCUGAGCUUGGAGGAGGGCGGCAUCACUGGCACCGUGGAAGCCUUGGAAUCCUUGGGCACCUUCCUGCGGGAUGCAGUGUCCCUCCUGGAGGAGGUCUCCUCCAUGAGCAGCCUCGCCGAGCUGUGGCAGGAGCUCGGGGCACUGAUAGCCCCCAACGCCAGCACCUCCGGCUCAAGCACCUUCAGGGCCCUGUCACGCAUCGCCUGCGGGCACCCCGAGGGCAGGGGGCUCGGGGUCCCCUCCCUCAACUGGUACAAGGACAGCGACUUCAAAGCCUUCCUGGACCGCAACAGCUCCCAGCAGAGAGCCGCGGCUGCGGGCAGCGCCAGCAGUCCCUUCUGCCGAGAGCUGGUCCGCAGCCUGGAGUCCAGCCCCAUUUCACGGAUCUUCUGGCGGAGCAUCAAGCCCCUCUUUGUGGGGAAGAUCCUGUACACGCCGCCCGGCCCCGGCCCCGACAGCAUCAUGGCCGAGGUGAACCGGACCUUCCAGGAGCUGGCAGUGCUGGGGGAGGUGGGGGGUGCCUGGAGGGAGCUGGGACCCCACAUCUACGCCUUCCUCAACGACAGCCUGGAGAUGCGGAUCCUCCGGGACAUGCUGCUGGCCCCGGGGACGGCCCAGAUCCUCGACGGGUUCCUCAACGGCAGCUCCUGGAAGGUGCAGGCGCUGGCCGGGUUCCUGGCGGGGCCAGCGGCGGGGCCGGGGCUCACCUGGCACCGGGUGUACACCGAUGCCGACGCGGUGCUGAGCACACUGUCACAGCUCACCGAGUGUGUCUGCCUGGACAAGAUCGAGGCGGUGGCCACUGAGGAGCGGCUGGUGGCCCGGGCCCUGGAGCUGCUGGAGGAGCAGCAGUUCUGGGCAGCUGUGGUCUUCCAGCCCCCCACCAAUGCCACAGCCCCCACGCUGCCCCCCCACGUCCGCUACAAGAUCCGCAUGGACAUCGACGACGUGGCAAGGACCGAUGAGAUCACGGACAGGUUUUGGGACCCGGGCCCCGCAGCCGACCCCUUCAGUGACUUGCUCUACGUGUGGGGGGGGUUCGUCUACGUGCAGGACCUGGUGGAGCAGGCGGUGGUGCGGGUGCAGACCGGGGCUGCCCCGCGGACAGGCAUCUACAUCCAGCAAAUGCCCUACCCCUGCUACGUGGAUGACGUGUUCCUGCGGGUCCUAAACCGCUCGCUGCCCCUCUUCAUGACGCUGGCCUGGAUCUACUCAGUGGCCAUGAUCAUCAAGGGGGUGGUGCACGAGAAGGAGACGCGUCUCAAGGAGACCAUGAAGACCAUGGGGCUGAGCAGUGGCAUCCUCUGGCUCAGCUGGUUCCUUAGCAGCUUCAUCCCCUUCCUCCUCAGCUCUGCCCUCCUCGUCCUCAUCCUCAAGCUGGGAAACAUCCUGCCCUACAGCGACCCGGCCGUCAUCUUCCUCUUCCUCAGCACCUUCUCGGUGGCCACCAUCAGCCAGUGCUUCCUCAUCAGCACCUUCUUCCUCCGUGCCAACCUGGCCUCGGCUUGUGGUGGCAUCAUCUACUUCUCCCUGUACCUGCCCUACGUGCUGUGCGUCGCCUGGCGCAACCACAUCACCUUCCCGCUCCGCAUCCUCGUGAGCCUGCUGUCUCCAGUGGCCUUCGGCUUCGGUUGUGAGUACUUCUCCCUCUAUGAGGAGCAGGGGGUGGGCAUCCAGUGGCACAACCUGGGUGCCAGCCCCGUGCCAGGAGACCCCUACAACUUCGCCACGGCCAUGGGGCUGCUGCUGCUGGACGCCGGCCUCUACGGCCUGGCCACCUGGUACGUCGAGGGUGUUUUCCCAGGUCAGUACGGCAUCCCCAAGCCCUGGAAUUUCCCUUUCCUGAAGAGCUACUGGCUUGGAGAACCAUCCUCAGCCGGGUACCCCCCGUACCCCACCAGCCCUCUCACUGCGCCCCAAGUGCUGGUGGAGGAGCCACCCGCCCAGCUCCAGCCCGGCGUCUCCAUCCGCAACCUGGUGAAGAUUUACCACAACAGCCGCGUGGCCGUCGAUGGGCUGAGCCUGGACUUCUACGAGGGGCAGAUCACCUCCUUCCUGGGCCACAACGGGGCUGGCAAGACCACCACCAUGUCCAUCCUGACCGGCCUCCUGACCCCCACCGCCGGCACUGCCUAUAUCCUGGGCUGGGACAUCCGCUCCGAUAUCGACAGCAUCCGCAAAACCAUGGGGACCUGUCCCCAGCACAACGUGCUCUUCGACAUCCUGACGGUGGAGGAGCACAUCUGGUUCUAUGGGCGGCUGAAGGGGCUGUCGGAGGAGCGGGUGCGGGCGGAGAUGGAGCAGCUGAUCCAGGACACGGGGCUCCCCCACAAGCGCCAGGAGCAGACCAGGAACCUCUCAGGCGGGAUGCAGCGGAAGCUCUCGGUGGCCAUCGCCUUCGUGGGUGGGUCCCGGGUGGUGGUCCUGGACGAGCCCACGGCCGGCGUUGACCCCUACUCCCGCCGCAGCAUCUGGGAGCUGCUGCUCAAGUACCGCAAAGGCCGCACCAUCAUCCUGUCCACCCACUACAUGGACGAGGCGGAGCUGCUGGGGGACCGCACGGCCAUCAUCGCGCGGGGCCGGCUCUGCUGCUGCGGGUCCCCACUCUUCCUCAAGGCCAGGCUGGGCACUGGCUACCACCUCACCCUGGUGAAGCGGGAGGGGGCCGGGACGGGUGGCAGCACCGGCCCUGACACCACCAAAAAGGACAGCAGCGACACGGGCCUGGGCAGCGAGGCCAGCGCCGUGGCCCCCCCGGUCCCCCCAGAUGUGACCCAGCUGUCGGCGCUGAUCCAGAACCUGGUCCCCGGCUCCCGGCUGGUGGAGGACAUCGGGCACGAGGUGAUCUUUGUCCUGCCCUACGGCGGGGCUAAGGAUGGGGCCUUCGGGGACCUGUUCCGCGAGCUGGACGCCCGCCUUGGGGAUCUGGGCAUCUCCAGCUACGGCAUCUCUGACACCACCCUGGAAGAGAUCUUUCUGAAGGUGGUCCAUGACAUGGGGGUGGACGCUGACAUGGCAGGCUCCAGGAGCGGAGCGGCCCCCAGUGAGGGGGGAGACAUGGAAGCAGCCAACGGGGAGCUGGGAGCCCGGCGAGCCCUUGCAGCGGAGGAGCCCCAGGAGACAGAGCUGCUGCGGGGGGCCGGCGGGCAGGCCUGUGGCAGGGUGAGGGGCUGGGCACUUCCCCGCCAGCAGCUCCGCGCCCUCUUCAUCAAGAGGAUGCUCCACGCCCGGCGCAGCACCCGGGGCUGUUUCGCGCAGAUCAUCCUGCCCGCCGUCUUCGUCUGCAUCGCGCUGCUCUUCAGCCUCAUCGUGCCGCCCUUUGGGAAGUACCCGCCGCUGCACCUCCAGCCCUGGAUGUACAGGCAGCAGUUCACCUUCUUCAGCAACGAUGCCCCGGGGGACCCCGACACGGCUCGGCUCCUGGCCGCACUGCUGGCCGAGCCGGGCUUCGGCACCAAGUGCAUGAAGGAUGCUGGAGAGGCGACGGGGCCGUGCCCACCAGCUUCCCACCCUGAUGGCUUCAGGGCCCCCCCAGCCCCCCCGGCGGUGCUGGAAGUUCUGCGGCGCGGGAACUGGACGCAGGCUGAGCCGUCCCCCCCCUGCCAGUGCAGCAGGCCGGGGGCUAACAGGAUGCUGCCCGACUGCCCCGAGGGGGCCGGGGGGCUCCCGCCACCCCAGGUGCAAAGGGGCACAGGCGACGUCCUGCAGAACCUGACGGGCAGGAACAUCUCAGACUACCUGGUGAAGACCUACCCCCAGAUCAUCCGCCGGGCGCUGAGGAGCAAGAAGUGGGUGAAUGAGCAGAGGUACGGUGGCUUUUCACUGGGUGCCGGUGGCUCCCAGGCCCUGCUGUCAGCGGCGGAGGUGGACAAGGCGGUGCUGGAGCUCCGGGCGCUGUUCAACGUCACCCCGGGCAGCUCCUUGGACCAGCUCCUGGGCAACCUCGGCCGCUUCAUCGAGGGCUUGGACGCUCGCAGGAACAUCAAGGUCUGGUUCAACAAUAAGGGCUGGCACGCCAUGGUCUCCUUCGUCAAUGUGGCCAACAACGGGCUGCUGCGUGCCCGGCUGCCCGCCGGGACUGACCCCACGCUCUACGGCAUCACGGCCACCAACCACCCCCUCAACCUCACCAAGGAGCAGCUCUCGGAGGCCGCCCUGAUGGCCACCUCGGUGGACGUGCUGGUCUCCAUCUGCGUGAUCUUCGCCAUGUCCUUCGUCCCGGCCAGCUUCGUGCUCUUCCUCAUCGAGGAGCGGGUCAGCAAGGCCAAGCACCUGCAGUUCGUCAGCGGGAUGAAGCCCAUUACCUACUGGCUGGGCAACUUCGCCUGGGACAUGUGCAACUACGUGGUCCCUGCGCUGCUGGUCGUCCUCAUCUUCCUCUGCUUCCAGCAGAAGUCCUACGUGUCCUCUGCCAACCUGCCCGCCCUGGUGCUGCUGCUGCUGCUCUACGGCUGGUCCAUCACCCCCCUGAUGUACCCGGCCUCCUUCCUCUUCAGCAUCCCCAGCACCGCCUAUGUGGCCCUGACCUGCAUCAACCUCUUCAUCGGCAUCAACGGCAGCGUGGCCACCUUCGUGCUGGAGCUCUUUGUAGACCAGAACCUCAACAACGUCAACCGCGUCCUGAAGAAACUUUUCCUCAUCUUCCCCCACUUCUGCCUGGGUCGAGGCCUCAUUGACAUGGUGAAGAACCAGGCAAUGGCUGAUGCCUUCGAGAGGUUUGGGGACAGGCGCUUCGUGUCCCCCCUGUCCUGGGACCUGGUAGGGAAGAACAUGUUCGCCAUGGCCAUUGAGGGUGUCAUCUUCUUCCUCUUCACCCUCCUGUUGCAAUACCGCUUCUUCCUGCGGCUCGGGCCACGGGCUCUGCAACUUCCCUCGCUGGGGGAGGAGGACCAAGACGUGGCCAGGGAGCGGGCGAGGGUGGGCAGCACCCCCCCGCAUGACCACCUCCUGCUGUUGAAGGACCUGACCAAGGUGUACCGGCGCGGGAAGGCUCCAGCAGUGGACCGGCUCUGCGUGGCCAUCCCCCCCGGGGAGUGCUUCGGCCUCCUGGGGGUGAAUGGUGCGGGGAAGACCUCCACCUUCGCGAUGCUGACGGGGGACACGGAGGUGACGCUGGGGGAGGCCUGGCUGAAAGGGCACAGCGUGCUCACCGACCUCCAGUCCGUCCACCAGCACAUGGGUUACUGCCCCCAGUUUGACGCCAUCACGGACCUGCUGACGGGGCGGGAGCACCUGGAGUUUUACAGCCGCCUGCGCGGCGUGCCGGAGGAGGAGACCCCCAGGGUGGCUCAGUGGGGCAUCGCCAAGCUGGGGCUGGGGCCGCACGCGGACCAGCCGGCAGGCAAGUACAGCGGGGGCAACAAGCGCAAGCUCUCCACAGCCAUAGCCCUCCUCGGCUCCCCGCCCGUUGUUUUUCUGGAUGAGCCCACGACGGGGAUGGACCCGCGAGCCCGGCGGUUCCUGUGGGAUUGCAUCCUCAGCGUCAUCCGCGAGGGAUGCUCCGUGGUGCUCACGUCCCACAGCAUGGAGGAGUGUGAGGCGCUGUGCACCAGGAUGGCCAUCAUGGUCAACGGCCGGUUCCGCUGCCUGGGCAGCGUCCAGCACCUCAAGAACAGGUUUGGGGAUGGCUACACCGUGACGGUGAGGGUGGGGGGCCCCGGGCCCGCACCGGUGGAGACCCUGAUGCGGAGCCGCUUCCCCGGCAUCGUGCUGAAGGAGCGGCACGGGGGGCUGCUGCAGUACCAGCUCCCCCCCCGCGCUGGCUCCCUGGCCAGCGUCUUCAGCCUCCUGGCAGCCCACCGCGGCCCCUGCCACAUCGAGGACUACUCCGUGUCCCAGACCACCCUCGACCAGGUCUUCGUGCACUUUGCCAGAGAGCAGAGCGAUGAGCACCCCGGGGGGGGCUCGGCCCCAGGGCAGGAUGAGGCCCCCAGCCCCGGGGUGGGGCUGACACCACUGUCGGAGGAUGACAGCUACCAGGAGAGCGCUGUCUGAGCAGGGCCGUGGUGCCCCACGGACCCCCCCCCACAGCCGUCACCCCAGCACGACCCGGGGUCCUGGCACUUCUGGCCACCCCAGGCCCCCUGAGCUGCAGGGGGGGGCUUGGCCGCAUCCUGCCCCCCAGCACAGGGCUACCAUCCCCACGGGACUGGGUGCUGGGGGGGGGUCAGAGCACCCAGGCAGGGCUGGCCCCUGCUCUCCCCCGGCAGGUUUGUACCCUCUGGGGGCUGUUGGACACAGGAGUGGGGUCUGUCCUGGGCCUCCCCCCUGCCUUGGGCAGAGCCGGAUGCUGGGGGUGGCCCUGGGUCCCCCAGCUGCGCGUCACCCGAGCAGAGCCCACUGUAAAAGUGCAAUUAAAUAAAGACUCGCAGUACUGCUGGGGGGGCUGGGGCA